CGUACUACCGCCCAGCACUACGUUCGUCCUCAAGAUCUCCUCAUGGCCCCCUCCACUACCGUCCCGAGUGUCGCGGACAUUGAAGUCCCCGAGACUCUCCUCAAGAAGCGCAAGCAGAACGAAAAGGCCCGGGAGGAGAAGCUUGCUGCAGCGACUGCCGCGCGGAAGGCAGCUAAGGCAAAGCGUAAGGUCAUUUUCAAGCGCGCUGAGGCCUACGUGAAGGAGUAUCUCGUCCAGGAGAAGGAAGAGAUCCGUUUGAAGCGGGCAGCCCGUGCUGCGGGUGACUUCUAUGUUCCUGCGCAAGCGAAGGUUUACUUCGUGGUUCGCAUCCGGGGUAUCAACGAGAUUGCCCCCAAACCUCGCAAAAUUUUGCAGCUUCUUCGCCUGCUCCAGAUCAACAACGGUGUCUUCGUCAAGGUCACUAAGGCGACCGAGCAGAUGCUUCGUCUCGUUGAGCCUUACAUCGCAUAUGGCGAGCCCAACUUGAAGUCGGUCCGUGAGCUCAUCUACAAGCGCGGCUACGGCAAGGUCGACAAGCAGCGCAUCCCCCUCACGAACAACGGUGUCAUCGAAGCUGCCCUCGGCAAGUAUGACAUCCUCUCUGUUGAGGACCUCGUACACGAGAUCUACGCCGCCGGCCCCAACUUCAAGCAGGCAUCAAACUUCCUGUGGCCGUUCAAGCUCUCCAACCCAACUGGUGGUUGGAGGACGCGUAAAUUCAAGCACUACGUGCAGGGUGGAGACUUUGGCAACCGAGAGGAAAACAUCAACAAGCUCAUCCGGCAAAUGAACUGAGCGUAGGGGCCAGUGUUGUCGGCGGAUAGGCGGCUUGCAUGAUGGGGGGGGCGCGAUGGAGAUUUCGUCGCAUGCAUACAUCAUUUACUCGUAAACUAUGCUCUUCUGUUGUAUGAGGUAUUAUGACAUGCUCAUGAGCGCAAACUCUGUCCGAAUGUCGAA